AUUGACAGCUAACGGAGAAACAUGCUCCUAAAUAAUGGCAAAGUAAAAAUACCGGAAAAUUUGAGAACAGCGUAGGAUCUCUUUCUUCCCCGUCCCAAACCCUCACGCUCUAUUGAAAUUCGCCUGAAACCCUUGAAAUUUAGCUCAAGUGAAUUUCAGCCUAUGAAAAGCCUGAAAUUUACACUCCUUCUAGGUUAAUUCCUCUGAUUCUACGCACUCUAAUUCCUCAGAACGCUUGGCCUUGAGCUCAAAAAUGUCGCUGCCGCCUCUUGAGUGUGUGUACUUUACGGAGGAGUCCGUUAAAGAACUGAAAAACUCAAAUCCUAAUUUUAAGUUUCCUAAGCCUGCACCCAUUCUACGAUUUCUCUAUGAGCUCUGCUUCGCAGUGGUUGGAGGGGAAUUGCCGUACCAGAAAUGCAAAGCAGCUUUGGAGGCUGUAGAGUUUUUGGAUUGUGGUCCGGAGGAGGAUGUAGGAUCAUAUUUUGCUGAUAUUGUUACACAAAUGGCUCAAGACGCGAAAUGGCUGGUGGAGUCUACAUUGGUACCAUUGAGAUUUUUUCAGGAACGUUGUGAUGAGGAGUUCUUGUGGGAGUCUGAAAUGAUCAAAAUAAAGGCUGCAGAUCUCAAGUCAAAAGAGGUCCGAGUAAAUACUCGUCUUCUUUACCAACAAACGAAAUUUAAUUUGCUACGCGAAGAAAGCGAGGGCUAUGCCAAGCUGGUUACUCUGCUCUGUCAGGUUCCUGAAGCAUCAGAUGAAAAUGCAUCAGCAGCGACAGUUGGCAUUAUUAAGUCUUUGAUCGGUCACUUUGAUCUGGAUCCUAAUCGAGUUUUUGAUAUCGUGUUGGAGUGUUUUGAGCUUCAGCUUGAUAAUAGCAUUUUCCUGGACUUAAUUCCAAUAUUUCCGAAGUCCCACGCAUCACACAUUCUUGGAUUCAAGUUCCAAUAUUUCCAACGCGUUGAAAUUAAUACUCCUGUACCGACAAGGCUCUAUCAGCUCACAGCUUUGUUAGUGAAGAAAAAGUUCAUUGAAGUUGAUAGCAUAUAUUCGCAUCUACUUCCCAAGGAUGAGGAAGCAUUUGAUCACUAUAGCUCCUUUUCUGCUAAGAGACUUGAUGAGGCUAGUAAAAUUGGGAAAAUCAAUCUUGCGGCAACUGGAAAGGACCUCAUGGAUGAUGAGAAACAAGGAGAUGUUACAGUAGACCUUUUUGCUGCUUUAGACAUGGAAACAUUGGCUGUUGCUGAAAGGUCUUCAGAGCUUACAAAUAACCAAACUUUAGGCUUACUUAUGGGCUUCCUUGAUGUGGAUGACUGGCUUCAUGCUCAUCAACUAUUGCAGCGGCUCUCACCCCUCAAUCCAGUCGAACAUAUUAAAAUUUGUGGUGGUGUGUUUAGGCUCAUUGAGAAAGCGAUUUUGUCACCUUAUAGAUCAGUGUGCGAUAUACAAGUUUCAACUGCUGGUAUGCCCUCAGGCGUUGGUACCAAUUUGGAGACUGGAGCUACGUCACUAAAAUUCUUUGUUGAUUUGUCCACGGAACUGUUUGAAAUGCUUGCUGCUGUUGGACCUUAUCUUUAUCGUGACACGUUGUUGCUGCAGAAGACAACUAGAGUUUUGAGGGCUUAUUAUCUUAGCGCAUUGGAGCUUGUUAGAGAUGGUGAUGGGGCAUUUAGUUCUCAUUCUGUUACAGUGGGAGAUAGAAAUCCACGCCUUCAUUUGAAGGAUGCAAGAUUAAGAAUCGAGGAAGCGCUUGGGGCAUGCCUUCUUCCUUCCUUGCAGUUGAUACCUGCAAACCCUGCUGUUGGCCAGGAGAUAUGGGAACUACUGAGUCUCCUCCCCUAUGAGGUGCGCUAUCGUUUAUAUGGUGAAUGGGAAAAGGAUGACGAACAUUUUCCAAUGAUCUUGGCGGCAAGACAAACAGCCAAGUUGGACACCCGAAGGAUUUUAAAACGGCUUGCGAAGGAAAAUCUGAAGCAGCUUGGAAGAAUGGUUGCUAAAUUAGCUCAUGCAAAUCCCAUGACAGUUCUUCGGACAAUUGUUCACCAGAUAGAGGCUUACAGGGAUAUGAUUGCUCCGGUAGUUGAUGCAUUCAAGUAUCUGACACAGCUUGAAUAUGAUGUCUUGGAGUACGUUGUGAUUGAACGCUUGGCUCAAGGUGGACGCGAGAAGCUUAAAGAUGAUGGUCUUAAUUUGUCAGACUGGCUCCAAUCACUAGCUUCAUUCUGGGGUCACUUCUGGUUCCUGGAACACCUGUGGCUGGGAUUACUUAGCUCAUUGGGUCGUGCUUGGACAAACAAUUUCAACAUUUCUCAAGGUGAUGCUUUGGAGUUGUUAGAAUCAGGAGUGGUGUACCAAUCCAAUCCUGUGAUCGAUCAGUUUAUAUUUGGGUUCGUAUUGGCCAUGCAUCUUUUCUUCUUGAGGUUACCUGGGAACAUCAAUUCAGUUUUCUUUUGGCUUUGGUGCCUUGGAGAUUCAGUGAACUUGUUUGCUGCUUGUGUUUCAUCCACCUAUUAUCCCAAGUUACAUAUUCAACUGAACAUAAGAUGUAAAAAGUACCCAUCGAUGGAACUCCGAGGGCUUUUCCAGUAUCUCGUAAACCAAUUGAAGAAAGGGAAUGGGAUCGAGCUUGUUCUUCUGCAGGAACUUAUACAGCAGAUGGCUAAUGUCCUGUAUACUGAAAACAUGACAGAAGAUCAAUUGGAUGCCAUGGCAGGAAGUGACAUGCUCCGUUACCAGGCUACAUCAUUUGGUGUUACGAGGAAUAACAAGGCAUUGAUUAAGUCUACCAACAGACUUAGAGAUUCUUUACUUCCAAAGGAAGAACCCAAAUUGGCGAUUCCCCUUUUACUUCUGAUUGCCCAGCAUCGUUCUGUGGUUGUCAUUGAAGCUGAUGUGCCAUAUAUCAAGAUGGUCUGUGAACAGUUUGACAGAUGCCAUGGAACUCUUCUUCAGUAUGUGGAGUUUCUUUGUAGUGCAGUGACGCCUACAUCAGCUUAUGCUUUGCUGGUUCCCACUCUUGAUGAACUUGUCCAUCUUUAUCAUCUUGAUCCUGAGGUUGCUUUUUUAAUAUAUCGGCCAGUGAUGAGGCUCUUCAGGUGUCAAAAUGUUUCCACCUCCUUUUGGCCUUUACACUGUAAUGAAGAUGUGAACCCUGCAGCUUGUGAACGUGAAUCUUCAGCUUUAUCCACCACAUUGGUUUUGGACUUGGGAUCUUCUCGCCAGCCCAUCUCAUGGUCCAAUCUUCUUGAUACUGUUAAGACAAUGUUGCCUCCAAAAGCAUGGAAUAGCUUGUCUCCUGAUUUAUAUGCAACAUUCUGGGGUCUUACUUUAUAUGAUCUCUAUGUUCCUAGAAGUCGAUAUCAAUCUGAGAUUGCAAAGCUGCAUGCUUCUCUUAAAGCUCUGGAAGAACUGCCAGAUAAUUCUAGUUCAGCAAUUGCUAAAAGGAAAAAGGAAAAAGAAAGAAUUCAAGAAUCUCUGGAUAGAUUGACUCUGGAAUUUCAGAACCAUGAAGAACACGUUGAGUCUGUGCGUCGUCGACUUGCUCAUGAGAAGGAUACAUGGUUGAGUUCUUGCCCAGAUACUUUAAAAAUUAACAUGGAGUUUCUUCAGCGCUGUAUAUUUCCUCGUUGCAUGUUCAGUAUGCCUGAUGCUGUAUAUUGCGCCAAUUUUGUAAAUACACUACAUUCACUGGGAACUCCAUUUUUCAACACUGUGAACCACAUUGAUGUUCUGAUAUGUAAAACUUUGCAACCAAUGAUAUGCUGCUGCACUGAGUAUGAAGUCGGCCGACUUGGGAGAUUUUUAUUUGAGACUCUGAAAACUGCUUAUCAUUGGAAGAGCGAUGAAUCAAUAUAUGAAAAGGAGUGUGGAAACAUGCCAGGAUUUGCUGUUUAUUACAGAUAUCCAAACAGCCAGCGUGUAACCUAUGGUCAAUUUAUCAAGGUACAUUGGAAAUGGAGCCAACGAAUCACUAGACUGCUGAUUCAGUGUUUGGAAUCGACCGAGUAUAUGGAGAUAAGAAAUGCUCUUAUUAUGCUUACUAAAAUCUCAAGUGUUUUCCCUGUUACUCGGAAGAGUGGGAUCAACCUUGAGAAACGGGUGGCUAAAAUUAAAAGUGAUGAAAGGGAGGAUCUCAAAGUUUUGGCCACUGGUGUUGCUGCAGCAUUGGCUGCUAAAAAGCCUUCAUGGGUUACAGAUGAGGAAUUUGGCAUGGGUUAUCUUGACUUGAAGCCUGCUCCAGUGCCUGCUUCUAAGCCUUUAUCUGCAAAUGUUGGUGCUCUUCAGAAUGGGGCUGGUCCUAGUUCUUCUCAAGCUGAGCAGGUUGGCGGUAGAACUGCUACCUCGGGAAGCUUGUCAGAUCAUGGGAAUUUGGGCAGAGAGCCUAGAAGAACUGAUGACAAUCAUAAACAGGUGGAUAAUCUGGCCAGCAAACAGUUAGAAGAAAACACGAAAGUUGCUUCAAAGACAUCUGUGGAAGCUGAGGCAAGGCCCACAGUGAAAAGGUCUGCUGCGGCCUCAUCCCACGCAAAGCAGUCAAAGACGGAUAUACCCAGAGAUGAGGAUAAAUCUGGGAAAGCUGUUGUCCGAACUUCCGGCUCUUCCGGGAAUUCCGCCAUGCUUACUACACAAGCUAAAUUACCAAACUCUUCCACCCGAUCCUCAGAUCACAGCACCGAAUCAAAAUCAGAGGCCGCCAACACAAGGUCUUCCGACUCUAGGGCCCACGGUGGAAAAGAUGAGGGCACCGAAUAUCAGGAUUCGCUCAAACAGCCAACUUCCAGGUCAGCUCAUUCCCCCCCUUUACCUUCAAAGUCCGUCGAGAAAUCCCAAAAAAGGUCAAGUCCGGCCGAAGAACACGACCGGCUGAACAAACGCCGGAAGAGCGAAACUACUGAGUCGAGGGACUUUGAUGGUGUUGACAUACGAUUGUCCGAAAAGGAGAGGUCAACAGAUGAGCAGAGGCCUGUAGACAAGCCUCUGGACAGAGCAAAAGAAAAGACUGGCGGUGAAAGAUAUGAUAGGGACCAUAGGGAAAGAUUGGAGCGUAGCGAAAAAUCGCGCGGUGACGAUGUUUUAUCUGAAAAAACAAGGGAUAGGUCGAUUGAUAGGGUGAGUAAGGAUGAAAGGAACAAAGAUGAACGUGGUAAAGCGAGAUACAGUGAUGCGGACGAGAGGUUUCACGGGCAGAGCUUGCCACCGCCGCCUCCAUUGCCACCUCACGUGAUCCCGCAGUCCUUAGGCUCGGGGAGGAGGGAUGAUGAUGGUGACAGGCGGUUUGGGAAUGCCAGGCACGGCCAAAAACUUUCGCCGAGGCAUGAGGAGAGAGAGAGGAGGAGAUCUGAAGAGAAUGCUUCUGCUGCUGCUCCACAAGACGACACGAAACGGCGGAGAGAAGAUGAGAUUCGAGAUAGUAGGAAGCGUGACGAACGUGAUGCCGUUGGCCCUGUCAAGAUGGAUGAGAGGGAGAGAGAGAAAGGAAACACGAACAAGGAGGAUAUGGAUAAUGCUGCUUCCAAGAGGCGGAAACUGAAAAGGGAGCAUAUAGCAUCAGAACCUGGCGAAUAUUUACCAGCAGGCCCUCCCCCUCUUUCGAUCAAUUUGUCACACGACGCAAGAGAUGGUAGGGGUGAUCGUAAGGGGGUUAUUGCCCAACGUCCUGCUUAUGCAGACGAGCCUGGAAUGAGGGCCCACAGCAAAGAGGCCGCCAGCAAGACAGCUCGUCGUGAUGUUGAUCCGAUAUAUGAGAGGGAAUGGGAAGAUGACAAGAGGCAGAGAGCUGAAGGAAAGAGGAGGCACCGUAAAUAGUUCAAAAAAGAUGCUGACUUGCCUGCGGUGAAGUAAUUGUCUGGUUAGCAAAAUCCAAAUUAUUCGUGCGUUUGUUUCUGGGCCCAAUUUAUGGUCCAUUUUGAAAUUUCAGGGUAACUGCUUUGGUAUAUUUUGAGGUAUGUUGAUUGAUUAGAAAGUGUUGGGAGUUGUGGAUGUUCAUUUCUGUAAUCAUAUAUGUACGGGGUGAAAAUUUUUCGAGGAAAUGCGUGUAUUAAUUACCUUUCUAACUUCAAAUGGUUUGGAAGGGUCAUCUUGAAGUGAGGAUGGAUCGUUGUCUUAUGUCUUGGCUCUCUUAUAUCUUGUUUCGAUUGCAUGUCCGUUCAAAUUUCAAAUGAUUCAAUUGUGGUUGGAAACACCUAUCGACCGGAUUUGUUGAGUUCUUGACGCCAAACUAAUAAAAGCAUUUGUUGCUUACUGAGAUGUCCCUUUCGCAGUUGCUUACUGAGACGAUAAUUUAUAAAAGUGUC